AUGUCCAGCGAGCCGGAUCUGCACAGGGCCAUCUCGCUCAAACCGUCUCCGUUUCAUGCGCAUCCACACGCGCACCCGCCACACUCGUCGCGCGGCUCCAGCCCAUACCCCGCGCCGCCAGCCAGCAGCAGCACGCCCGCUGGCAAGGCCGACGGUGCUAGCACCGCCGUCGAGACCCUCACGUCCGUCGACGGCAUCGACGACACGCAUGCGCGCCAUGUGCCCGGCCUCAACGACGUAGAGCGCCAGUCGCUCCCGCAGUACACGCCCGACAACGACCCGUACCGCCUCGCCCAUGCGCUCAAGCCCGAGGAAGAGCUCGCCCAGAUCCGCGCCAACACGUCGCGGAAGCGCGAUGGCUUCGGCCCCCUCACGCUGAACAAAAAGGCCACGCGCGCGCGCAAGCUCGAGCAGUUCUACGAGAAGCAGAACGAGAACAUCGAGCGGCUGCUGAAGCCCGUCGACGACCAUGUGCGCGACGCAAAGGAGGAGGAAGGCGCCAACCACCUCAAGUACAGAAUUGCCGUCGUGGGCAGCUUCGCCGCCAACAUCAUUCUGGCCGUGCUGCAGCUCUACGCCGCCGCCUCGUCCAAGUCGCUGUCCCUGUUCACCACCAUGGCUGACUCGCUCUUCGACCCGCUGUCCAACCUGACGCUCAUCAUGUCGGCGCGUGCCGUGAAGCGCGUAGACGGCCGCAAGUUCCCCAGCGGCAAGGCCCGCAUCGAAAACGCAGGCAACAUCUUCUUCUGCUUCAUGAUGAUCACCGUCUCGGUGGUCAUCAUCGUCGAGUCGAUCCGCGAGAUCGCAACACACAAGACCGGCGACGUCAACGACUUCUACCUGCCGUCCGUCAUCGCCGUGUGCAUUGCCUUUGGAACAAAGUUUUCACUGUUCCUGUAUUGCUGGGCGCUGCGCAACAAGUACAGCCAGGUGCGCAUCCUUUGGGAAGACCACAGGAACGAUUUGUUCAUCAACGGCUUUGGUGUGCUUACGAGCGUCGGUGGCUCCAAGCUUGCCUGGUGGCUCGAUCCCGCAGGAGCCAUGGUCCUGUCUGCCCUCAUCAUCUUCCUUUGGUCGAGGACGGCCUACUCCGAGUUCCAGCUGCUCAUCGGAGUCACGGCGGAUACGCCUACUCUCCAGCUCAUCACCUAUAUCUCCAUGACCCACUCUCCAUUUAUCAAACAGAUCGAUACGGUGCGCGCGUAUCACUCUGGUCCGCGUCUGAUUGUCGAGGUCGAUAUCGUCAUGGAUCCCGAGGAGACGCUGCAGAGCACACAUGAUGUUGCAGAGGCACUGCAAAUCAAGCUGGAGAGUCUUCCAGACGUGGAACGCGCCUACGUGCACGUCGACUAUGAGACGGACCACGCGCCUGAGCACUUCCUGAAGAAGGAGCUGUAG